CGACCCCUAGCCUGGGAACCUCCAUAUGCUGCGGGUGCACCCCUAAACAAACAAACAAACAAAAGAACAGAUUGGACUCAAGGUUUGGAAGAACAAGGAAACUGAUUUUGGUUCUAAUUCUGCUGCUUUCUGACUCCGUGGCUUUUUUUUUUUGGCCACCCAUGACAUAUAGCGUUUCCAAGGCACAGUUCCAGUCUACACCACAGCUGUGGCAAUGUUGGAUCCUUAAUCCACUGUGCCAGGCCGGGGAUCGAACCCUAGUCCCAGUGCUGCAGCAAUGCCACUAAUCCAUUGCACCACAGCAGGAACUCCAUCUGUGGCUUUAAAUAAGUCAGUUUAGCGAUACCUGUACAAUGGGAGUAAAAAUUUUCACAGAGUAAAAACUUUCACAAAGAAGAGCAAAUAAGAGCAUCUGUGAAAACGCUUUGUGACCUGUAAUACACUGUCUAGAUGUAAGAUGAGAUUAUUACUCUUUUUCUAAGCUUUAGUGAAUAGGAAGCAUAUUGAUGUCUUUACAAGCAACACUGGCUCAUUAUAGUGUUUUUAUAAUUUUUACUGCUGAGCAACGGAAACUCUGAUAGAGUAAUUGCAGCAUUGCCUGGCUUUAAACUUUUAGUGAUUUUGUUUUGUAGAGGAUGGCUCAUCACCCUGUCCUCAUUGAUAUACGGGGAUGAGAAGGAGGUGGGACAGCCUUGUUUUUCUUGACAGGCGUAUCAUGAUUUAAAGACUCUGGCAUGCAUGUAAUGUUUCGAAGUUGCAUACUUAACUUAUGAGAACAUCCUUCUUAAGGGGGAAGGAGUUUUAAGAUGGGUGGCUGAGGUGGGGAAGUCCUCAGGGUGUGUAAGUGAGUACCCUGAGGCUGCAGAAUCUCCUUUCUCCCUGGAAUCCUUUCUCUGUUGGCAGUAUUUCUGAUAUGAAACAAAACUAGUCUGCAGAACAGCCUCUUUGAGAACCAGUUCCUGAGUUUAGUAACCCAAUGGAAACUUGCAUUUCUUUGAACCUUUUCGUGAAUCCUUUUCCUCUAGUUGUUUGAGUUGAAGUGCUGCCUUCAAAACAGCUUGAAACGAAUUGCUCAGAGGGAAGAGGAAAGAAACAUCAUCGUGAGAAAGCUUUGUAAUGGGUGAUUCCUAUGUUCCAGCCAUGCCUUUGAUGAUUGAUGAUCAUUUUUGAAAUCAUAGACCUUCCGUCCCUACAUCCAUCCCAUCUUAGUAACCCUCCACUGAGUGAAGAGAUGUUGCCUCCUGGGGAGUGGAUGUGUCACCGGUGCACUGUUCGCCGAAAGAAACGAGAGCAGAAAAAGGAGCUGGGCCAUGUCAAUGGACUGGUGGACAAAUCUGGCAAACGGACUACAUCCCCCAGCAGUGACACUGACUUGUUGGACAGAUCAGCUAGCAAAACUGAACUCAAGGCUAUUGCCCAUGCCCGAAUCCUGGAGAGGAGAGCCAGCCGGCCUGGCACGCCCACAUCCAAUGCCAGCACAGAGACCCCCACCUCUGAGCAGAAUGACGUCGACGAGGACAUCAUCGACGUGGAUGAGGAGCCCGUGGCAGCAGAGCCGGACUGUGUGCAGCCCCAGCUAAGGCGGCCCUUUGAGCUGCUGAUUGCUGCCGCCAUGGAGCGGAACCCCACCCAGUUUCAGUUGCCCAAUGAACUGACUUGUACCACUGCACUACCAGGUUCUAGUAAAAGGAGAAGAAAGGAGGAAACCACAGGGAAAAAUGUUAAGAAGACACAGCAUGAGUUAGAUCACAAUGGUCUUGUUCCCUUACCAGUCAAAGUCUGCUUCACGUGUAACAGGAGUUGUCGUGUGGCCCCUCUUAUCCAGUGUGACUAUUGCCCCCUCCUGUUCCACAUGGACUGCCUCGAGCCACCGCUCACUGCCAUGCCCCUCGGCAGAUGGAUGUGUCCGAAUCACAUCGAACAUGUGGUGCUGAACCAGAAGAACAUGACGCUGAGCAAUCGGUGCCAGGUGUUUGACCGUUUCCAGGACACCAUUUCACAGCACGUCGUCAAAGUGGACUUCCUCAACCGAAUCCACAAGAAGCACCCUCCUAAUCGCCGCGUGCUCCAGUCAGUCAAAAGAAGAAGCUUGAAGGUUCCCGACGCUAUAAAGUCUCAGUACCAGUUUCCACCCCCUCUCAUUGCACCUGCGGCCAUUCGGGAUGGGGAGCUGAUCUGCAAUGGGAUCCCUGAGGAAUCACAGACGCACCUUUUGAACUCUGAGCACUUAGCCACCCAGGCAGAGCAGCAAGAGUGGCUCUGUAGUGUUGUUGCGCUCCAGUGCAGCAUAUUGAAACAUUUAUCUGCUAAGCAGAUGCCUUCGCAUUGGGACUCUGAACAGACAGAGAAGGCUGAUAUUAAGCCUGUUAUUGUGACUGACAGCUCAAUCACCAACUCCCUGCAAACAGCUGACAAGGCACCUACACCUUCCCACUACCCCCUCUCCUGCCCCUCAGGGCUUAGCACCCAGAAUUCCCUGAGCUGCUCUCCACCCCACCAACCCCCAACCCUAGAGGACAUCAGCUGCAGUUCUUGUGCGGAAAAAUCCAAGAAAGCCCCCUGUGGGACUGCCAACGGGCCAGUGAACACAGAGGUGAAAGCCAAUGGCCCACACCUCUACAGCAGCCCCACUGAUUCCACGGACCCCCGGCGACUUCCAGGCGCCAACACCCCCCUACCUGGCCUCUCACACCGGCAAGGCUGGCCCCGGCCCCUCACGCCACCAGCAGCUGGGGGGCUUCAGAACCACACCGUCGGCAUCAUUGUGAAGACAGAGAAUGCCACUGGCCCCAGCUCUUGCCCCCAGAGGAGUUUGGUUCCUGUCCCAAGCCUACCCCCUUCCAUUCCCAGCUCUUGUGCCAGCAUCGAGAACACCAGCACUUUGCAAAGAAAGACUGUCCAAUCACAGAUAGGACCUCCGUUGACAGAUUCAAGGCCACUGGGCUCACCCCCAAAUGCCACCCGGGUGCUCACUCCCCCCCAAGCAGGAGAUGGUAUCUUGGCCACUGGCGCCAACCAACGAUUCUGCUCACCAGCGCCAUCAUCAGAUGGCAAGGUCAGCCCCGGCACGUUAUCCAUAGGAAGCGCUUUAACCGUACCCUCUUUCCCAGCCAACUCUACUGCCAUGGUGGACCUCACCAACUCACUUCGAGCAUUUAUGGAUGUCAAUGGAGAAAUCGAGAUAAAUAUGCUGGAUGAGAAGCUGAUCAAGUUUCUGGCCUUGCAGAGAAUACAUCAGCUUUUCCCCUCCCGGGUCCAAGCUUCACCGGGCAGUGUCGGGGCACAUCCGCUGGCUUCUGGAGGCCACCACACAGAAGUGCAGAGAAGGGAGGUACAGGCCCGAGCUGUGUUCUACCCCCUCUUAGGGUUGGGAGGAGCUGUGAACAUGUGCUAUCGAACCCUCUACAUCGGGACAGGAGCUGACAUGGACGUGUGCCUUACAAACUAUGGUCACUGUAACUACGUGUCCGGGAAACACGCCUGCAUAUUCUACGAUGAGAAUACCAAACAUUAUGAGCUGUUAAACUACAGUGAGCACGGGACGACGGUGGACAACGUGCUGUAUUCAUGUGACUUCUCUGAGAAGACCCCGCCAACCCCCCCAAGCAGUAUUGUUGCCAAAGUGCAGAGUGUCAUCAGGCGCCGCCGGCACCAGAAACAAGACGAAGAGCCAAGUGAGGAGGCAGCCAUGAUGAGCUCCCAGGCCCAGGGCCCACAGCGGAGACCCUGCAACUGCAAAGCCAGCAGCUCGAGCUUGAUUGGGGGCAGUGGGGCUGGCUGGGAAGGCACGGCCUUACUGCACCACGGCAGCUACAUCAAGCUGGGGUGCCUGCAGUUUGUCUUCAGCAUCACUGAGUUUGCGACCAAACAGCCCAAAGGAGAUGCCAGCCUGCUGCAGGAUGGGGUCUUGGCCGAGAAGCUCUCUCUCAAGCCCCACCAGGGCCCUGUGCUGCGCUCCAACUCCGUUCCCUAGGACUGGCGGCCAUGUCACCUGCCUGUCCACCCAACCCAAGACUCCUGCAAUGCAAAAAUGUACACAAACCAAGCCUGGGUUUUUUCUAUACUCCACCAGAAACCCUUCAACUACAAUCUUUGCAUGAAAUGAAGAAAACCUUUUGACUGUUUUUUAAAAAUCCUUUUUCUUUUCUCAAGUUCUAGGGGGCAUUUGCACAUAUAUUUGUACUCAACAUUUCAUGGGAAAGCGGCUGACCGAGCUGAGGAACAGCGUGGGCAGGGAGGGAAGGCCGAUGGUCUGGACACUUCCUCCAACACAGAACCGCUCCCCACCCACCUUCUGCUCCCUCCCCCUCGCCCGCCGUUGUAAAAUAAUCAGAAACUUGUUCUAUUUUGUGGCAGUGACAAUAGUUUUAUAUUAAAAGAAAAAAAUACAGUUUUCAUACAGCAAAAUCUAUACAAUAUCAUUGUUUUAUUUAAUAAAGAUCGCUACCCACCCUCCUCCUAUGGUUCCCACCCUCCGGGUUCUUUUCCCUUUCUGCAGCAGUUGCACUACAGGUAGCUACUGUGUAUUAUGGACAAAUGAGAAAUGAAUUCUUUUUCUGGCUGUCCAUCUAUUUUAUUUCAAAUAAGGAAAAGUGUAUUUGGAUUUUGUGUAAAUACAUCUAGUGAUGACAUUUUUUCAAUGUUUUUAAAAACUGUGUACAGUACUACAUGUGGUAGAGCGUUUUCUUCAAAUUGUCUAUUGUAGCAAAAACGUUUUUGUCGUAAACCUGUUUUGUCUCCUUUUUUUGUUCUCUUGCCACUUCUCUCCUGCUCCUCCCAUCCCUGGCUCCCUCCUCUCCUCCCUCCCCCCACAACUAGUACUGAUGUACAUAGUAAUUGUAAUGUUUUAGACUUUACAGAAACUUUCCUGUAUUCUGUAUAUAAAAAAACAAAAAUACUUCAAA